CUUGUUUUAUUUCACCUGUGCUUAUAUUUGAUUAAAAAAAGUGAACUUAUUAAAUAAGCCAUAAAAAUGAGUUUUAAAACUCUCGCAAUUUAGUACAUGUGUGGAAAAGUUAGAAAAAAUCUCUUUUAAUCGCUUGAAAUACUCGUUUCUAAGUCCGUUCUCAUCCACUAGCUUUCGUCGCCCGUGUUUUUGUUAUUGGUUUUCUUGGUAUCAACUGGGGCAGCAGCAGCUUGAGCCGCGCUUGCGACACGUCGACAGAUACGAAUGUCGGCUGCCAGCGGAGUUGAUAAAUAUCUUUAGAAAAUAUCAAAUUAUCUUGCGAAUUUCAGUUUCUAUUGAAAAUGCGUGUUAGUAAUGUACGCGGAGGCCGGCUUUGCCGCUUAAUCUUUUGCUGUUUGAUCAUAUUGCCGCUAAUUUAUCUGCUGGUAACAUGGAACGAUGCCAAGCGUGGACCAAAUGGCUUCCAUGGCAAACCCGCAAGAUCCAUAUACAAGAAAUUAGAGGGAAGGCCACGUGAGGUGCCGAAACUUGUCGAAGGACUUGGUAAUUUCGAACCGAAAAAUGCAGAGGAACGUUCCGGACCAGGCGAAAAUGGCGAAGCACACCAACUCUCUGCUGACAAGAAGAAUAAAGCAGACGAGUCAGAAAUGGAAUAUGGCAUGAAUAUCGCAUGCUCCGAUGAGAUAUCAAUGCAUCGUUCUGUGCGUGAUACGCGUUUAGAGGAGUGUAAACGUUGGGACUAUCCAUAUGAUUUACCAAAAACUAGCGUCAUUGUUGUUUUUCAUAAUGAAGGAUUCUCAGUGCUUAUGCGCACUGUUCAUUCAGUGAUUGACCGCUCACCGAAACAUGUAUUGCAUGAAAUUAUUUUGGUUGAUGAUUAUUCAGACAAGCAAGACUUACGUGAGAAAUUAGAAAAGUAUCUGGUUCAAUUCGAUGGAUUAGUAAGACUGAUCCGCAAUGAAGAACGCGAAGGACUUAUCCGUACACGCUCGAGGGGUGCACAAGAAGCCACAGGCGAAGUAAUUGUUUUUCUCGAUGCUCAUUGUGAAGUGAAUACGAACUGGUUACCACCGCUCUUAGCACCCAUAUACCGGGAUCGAACUGUCAUGACUGUGCCUAUUAUUGAUGGGAUUGAUCAUAAAACCUUCGAGUAUCGCCCUGUUUAUGGUGGCGAUUCGCAUUUUCGCGGAAUAUUUGAAUGGGGCAUGUUGUACAAAGAAAACGAAGUGCCUAGACGGGAACAAAGACGCCGUGCUCACAAUUCAGAGCCAUAUCGCAGUCCUACACAUGCUGGUGGUCUAUUUGCCAUUAAUCGCGAAUACUUUUUGGAAUUGGGUGCAUACGAUCCAGGUUUAUUGGUAUGGGGUGGCGAAAACUUUGAGUUGAGCUUCAAAAUAUGGCAGUGCGGUGGCAGCAUUGAGUGGGUUCCGUGUUCGCGUGUAGGCCAUGUUUAUCGCGGCUUCAUGCCUUACAACUUCGGCAAAUUAGCGCAGGCAAAGAAGGGCCCGUUGAUCACAAUCAAUUACAAACGUGUCAUUGAGACAUGGUUUGACGAUACACACAAGGAAUACUUCUAUACAAGAGAACCGCUGGCCCGGUAUCUCGAUAUGGGCGACAUAAGCGAGCAAUUGGCGCUGAAGAAGCGUUUAAAUUGUAAAUCCUUCCAGUGGUUUAUG